GGGUUGCCGUGGGGCAGGAUGGCGCAGUACGAGCCGGUGGCAGAGAUCGGGGUGGGGGCCUACGGGACGGUGUACAAGGCGCGGGACCGGGCCAGCGGCCGCUUCGUGGCCCUGAAGAACGUGCGGGUGACGGGGACGGAGAACGGGCUCCCCCUCAGCGCCGUCCGCGAGGUCGCCCUCCUCAAGCGCCUGGAGCACUUCGACCACCCCAACAUCGUGCGGCUGAUGGACGUCUGUGCCACCGCCCGCACCGAGCGGGAGACCAAGGUGACCUUGGUCUUCGAGCACGUGGACCAGGAUCUCAAGACCUUUCUGGACAAGGCGCCCCCCCCGGGUUUGCCCCACGACACCAUCAAGGACCUGAUGAGGCAGUUCCUGCGGGGGUUGGACUUUCUCCACUCCAACUGCAUCGUCCACCGGGACCUGAAGCCCGAGAACAUCCUGGUGACCAGUAACGGGCAGGUCAAACUGGCCGACUUCGGCCUGGCCCGUAUCUACAGCUGCCAGAUGGCCCUGACCCCCGUGGUGGUGACGCUGUGGUACCGUGCCCCGGAGGUGCUGCUCCAGGCCGCCUACGCCACCCCCGUGGACCUGUGGAGCGUGGGCUGCAUCUUCGCCGAGAUGUUCCGCAGGAAGUGAGGGGGGGG